CGCAGUUAAGCAGCUCCCAUUUUAUUAUCAUCUUCUAACAUAUACAGCACAAGUUAUAUUCUUAUGUAUGUAUAGAUCGAUCUAUACAUAUACACACACGUCAUUACUGCACGAUAAAAACAAUUAAUUAAACCCCCCCACACUUUAACAUUUUUUGAGUGUACUAUAAUCACUUUAACUCAGACAAAUUACAGAGCUAAGAAGGUUAAUUUAUGGAGAUGGAAGCAGCAAACCUGCCGGAAAAGACGUAUUUAAUUCAUGCCGCCGCAGCAACUCCGCCCAAGGUUCCUUCCGGCGAUGGUCCCUAUGUUCGAGCAAAACAUGCCCAGUUAGUGGAGAAAGAUUUGGAAGGGGCGAUAGUGUGGUUCAGGAAGGCCAUAGAAGGAGGGGACAGGGUAGGGAGUGCCCUAAAAGACAUGGCAGUGGUGUUGAAACAGCUGGAUCGAUGCCAAGAAGCCAUUGAAGCCAUCAAGUCCUUCCGCCUCCUUUGCCCCGCCCAAUCCCAGGAUUCCUUUGACAAUGUCCUCCUCGAUUUAUACAAAAAAUGUGGUAGAGUGGAUGAACAAAUAGCGCUGUUGAAGCUGAAGCUGAGAAAGAUAUAUCAAGGGAAAGUCUUCAAUGGCAAACCCACCAAGACUGCCCGCUCCCAUGGCAAAAAGUUCCAGGUCUCCGUCACCCAAGAGAGCGCCAGAUUACUGGGGAGUUUGGGAUGGGCUUACAUGCUGAAGCAGGAGUACAAGACAGCAGAAGUGGUGUACCGAAAGGCCCAAAUGAUAGACGCGGACUGCAACAAGGCCUGCAACCUGGUCCAGUGCCUGAUCAAGCAGUCCAGGUAUGAAGAGGCCCGUUUCUUCCUCGAAGAAAUAUGGAAAGGGAGGUACCCGGGUUCGGAUGACCCGAAGACCAUAACCCGGAUGGCCGAAUUGCUGUCGGAUUUGGACUCCGUGCAGAAGAAGCGCACCACUUGCGGGCCGUUGCAGAGCCUUCCAAGAGUGGAUGAUGAAGAUGAUGAUUUCUUUAGUGGGCUUGAUGGGCUGACAGUCGAGUUCGGCCCGCCAAGAUCAAGAAGGCUGCCCGUGUUUGAAGAGAUCACUCCCAUUAGAGACCAGAUGGCUUGUUAAUCAAUUAUUGUACGUAAUAAUAAUUGAUUUGCUUAAUCAGUAGUCUUUAGACAAUAAUAGCUUUUAUAAUUGUAUAUUUGCAUUGAUGAGGUUGUACGACCACAUUAGUAUAUGUACAUAUUAGAGGUGAAUAAAGAUAUUGAGACAAUCUUAUUUGGGGCAAAACUGACAUGGUACCUUAUCGAAUAAUGGGACUUCAAGUUU